GAACGUACGGGAGUGUGUCACUCAAGCUGCUACUGACACAGAUUAGAAAAUUGCGGAAAAAAACGUAAAUUUUUCAUUACUCUUACAUUUUUCAUGAUAUAUUCAGACUAUUACUAAGAUGAAACUGUAGAAACACAAUGUCAAGUUCAAGUUAUGAAAGUGAUGAUUCGUAUUCUGACAACAAAUAUAGAAAGUUCAGCAAAAGAUAUUCAAGUUCAAGGUCACCAUCACCUAGAAACAAAAGGUUAAAGAGGUCACAUGGUGGGAGAAGGUCAAGGUCAAUUUCAGAAUCACCAGACAAAAAUGUAAUAAAAUAUCAAAGACAGAAAUACAAAGAGAAAGUGAGAAAACACAGUGACCAUUCAAGGUCAAGGUCACCAUAUGGUGACAGUUACAGACAACGGGCAAGUCCACAUAGAAAAAGGUCAAGGAGCAAUUCACCUGUACAACAAAAGCCAAGGUCACCAGUUAGGAAAGAGAGCACUAUUUGGCGACAGCCAAAGGAAAAUGGUCACAGGCAUAAUCAUCAUGACCAGCAAGGAGAAUUUUUCAACAGACGUAGAACAGACAGGGAAAGGAUAGGAGCAGCGGGUGUUUCAGAAGUUUGGGCGAGAUCUCCUUCACCACAGAAAUCAGAGUCUGAAGAGUCUGAUAGUGAUGAAGUAUCAGAGUCCGAAGAUACAGACUCAUCAGAAGAGGAGAGAAGAAAGAAAAAGAAGAAAAAGUCCAAGAAAAGAAAGAAACAUAAAAAGCACAGUAAAAAGAGUAAAAAAGCAAAACACAAGUCAAAGAAGUCUAGAAAGAAGAAGAAACAUAAAAGUGAGACAGAAAGUAGUGAGUCUGAGGAAGAGGAAGAAGAAGCCCAGUGGGUAGAGGUUUGUAAAUUGCCAGUAUCAAACACAGCCUCUGACUCUGAAGAUGAUGAAAUUGGUCCGAAACCUUUUAAUCCCACAGCUGCUGGCUUGUCCCAAAAAGAUUUCGGUAAGGCCUUGUUACCAGGAGAAGGUGCUGCGAUGGCGGCCUACAUUGCCGAGGGGAAGAGAAUCCCAAGAAGAGGUGAAAUCGGUCUCACUCCAGAUGAAAUUACCCAUUAUGAGGACCAAGGUUUUGUGAUGAGUGGAAGCAGACAUCGACGUAUGGAAGCUGUACGUUUACGUAAAGAGAACCAGAUCUACAGUGCCGAUGAGAAACGAGCCUUGGCCACAUUUAAUCAUGAAGAACGAGCAAAACGAGAAACGAAAAUUCUGUCACAACUGCGAGAAAUGGUCAGAAAAAAAAUGGAAGCACGAAAAUAGGAGUGUUUGAAAAUCUGAUAGUUGACUAGCUUAAAGUAAAUGUGUGCUUGCAUUAUGUGCAGACAGUCUUUAUUGAUACUGUCAGCUUUAAAUAGUGCAAUUUAUUAGUGGCAAAUCUGUGUAUACAUGUACACAAAUAUACAGAUGUACACAGUAACAAACUUUUAAAAGAAGUUUUGCUAGUGUGUUUUAAAACAAGUAGGUAACGCUAUGAAAUCUGUUGAAUAGGAAUUAUGAAUGUUGAAAUGCUGUGGAAAUGUAAGGGAUUGAUAAACCCUGUCCGGAAAAAUUAACACACAUAAAUGUACAAUUAUGGUUUAGAGAGUGACAGAAAUAAGUUUACAAGUGAUUUAUGAAUGUUUACAUCAAUAUUUGGUUAAAAUUCCAAUGUUAACAUAUGGAUUUUUCACCAAGUUGGAGAUUAUUGAAAUAUGUAAUUACAUCCAAACACAUACAAAUAUUGAACUUCAGCUACUCAUGUAUGAAUAGGAACUCGAGAAGGCUGUAACAUUUAGUAAUUGAUUAUGUAAAUAGAAAUGUAUGUCACAAUAAAUUAUUUUUGUUAUAAAA